CAUUUGACCUGCUUUUAUCCUUGAGAAGCUGCACGGGGAGCUAGUGAGUUCAGAUGGAAAAUAGACAGAGAUCCCAGCAGAUGAGAGAAGAAGUGAUCGAUACAUGUCUAUGAUACUUAGUAUUUGCAUAGUGCCUUGCAUUGCAGAGCGCUGGAAUCCUCAACAUCUCCAUGAGGCAGCUCAAAAGGGAAACACCCAAGUGUCUCUAUUGGCUCCUUUCAUCUAGUCUGAAGGAGAUUUAAACUUCCAGAGGGGAAAAGAGGCAUCAGAAACUGAGCAGAGAAGAGCAGUUGCUAACCAGUCCCCAUUGCAGGUGGCAGCCAAAGUUUCCCAUUGCAGGUGGCAGCCAAAACAGAAGGACCCUCCUGCUUAUCAGACAGCUGAAGAAUAUCCCAGAGCACCUUUCACCUAAAGACCUCAAAGCACUUUACAAACACUAAUGAAAUAAGCCUCACAACACACCUGUGUGGCAGGAGCCAGAGCCUCAAGCUUCUGAAUAAGUAGGGUACUCUUCAAGAACCCUGCUUAGGUUAUAAGCCAACGAGGCUCUAAAGGACAACUCCAUAUGCCAUGAUUUCAGGCUCUGGAUAGUCAAAGUGAGGAUCUGUAAUGUCAUGGGGAGAUCUCAUCCGUUUUCCUAGGCAGGAUUUGGGACAUGAAAAGAUCAGCCUUCCCUCUGAAGAACUACCAGAUGAGUGUCUGGAGUUGGCUUACUUUCCCUCCGGGGAUGUUACUGUACCUUGCUCUUCAAACAGCUGCUGUUCAGUUCCCCACUGAACUUCACAACUGUACCAGCAAUGGUCAGAAAAUCUCCUUCAGCCACUCAUACAAGAUUGACCUACCCAAAUCAUCCCAGAUCAAGGUGGAGGCGGACCCGUUGCCGCUCAAAGACGACAGUCAUGUGCUGCUUGCUGCUGGGGAUGCGGACGAAGAGGAGGAGCAGAAUAUCAUAUUCAGGCACAACAUCCGAGUUCAGACACCGAGAGGUGACUGUGAAGCUUUGGGACACAUCAAAGAUCUGCUGGAAAGGAUGGAAAAGAUGGAGAAAGAAAUGAUGGUACUCAAGGAGGCCUGCAGUAUACAGAGGUGCUGUGGGGGAGUCCAAGGUGUCUCGAAUUGCAGUGGCCAUGGAACUUUAAUCCAAGAGAUCUGUGGAUGUGACUGCGAUGAAGGCUGGGAGGGCAGCGAUUGCUCCCGCCCCAGCUGCCCCAACAAUUGCAACGGCCAUGGACGCUGCGUUGAUGGCAAAUGCAUCUGCAGCAAACCCUACGUUGGUGAAGACUGCAGUCAGGAGCUGUGCCCUAAGAACUGCAGUGGCAAUGGGAUCUGCAACAAUGGUGUGUGCCAGUGCUAUGAGGAGUUCAUGGGAGAUGACUGCAGUGAGAAGAGAUGCCCCAACGACUGCAGUGGCAACGGUUUCUGUGACAGUGGAGAGUGCUACUGCCACGAUGGUUUCAUUGGGCUUGACUGCUCCCAGGUGAUUGCUCCUCAGAAUGUGCAGCUGCUGAAGACCACGGAAGAUUCUUUGACCUUCAGCUGGGAUCAGGUGCUCAAUGUGGAUUACUACCUCCUCAGCUAUUAUCCAACAGGGCACGAGGCCUCUGCAGUACAAGUCCGAGUGCCAAAAGGACAGCUCAGCUAUGAGAUCCCGGGCCUUCGCCCCAGCACAAAGUAUCAGAUCACACUUCGUUAUGUGAAGAAGGGGAUUUCCAGUAACCCAGAACACCUACAAGCAAGGACAGCCCUAUCUGCAGUUAGCGCUGCCUGGGUGACAGAGGAGAUGGAAGACUCGCUGGAAGUGGAGUGGGAGAACCCCCCAACAGAGCCGGACUAUUUUAAACUGAGGUUCAGCUCACCGCAAGGGCAGGAGAAGGAAGUGGUGGUGCCUAAAAGCAGUGACCCCAAGAGCAGAUACAUCAUCAGCGGCCUGAAGCCUGGAACAGAGUAUAAGAUCAUUGUCAUAUCUGUGAAGGAUGAGAUUGAAGGAAAACCAUCUAUAGUGAAUGGUCGCACUGGAAUAGACAGCCCAACUAACCUGAAGACCGACCGAGUGACAGAGGAUACAGCUACCAUCUCCUGGAAUAGGGUCCAGGCUCCCAUUGACAGAUACAUGGUGAGCUACACCUCAGCUGAUGGGGACACCAGAGAGAUUGCUAUAGGGAAAGACCAGAAUACUACUACCCUGAUGGGUCUGAAGCCAGGCACGGAGUAUGUGAUCUACAUCUGGGCUGAGAAGGGAGGCCUGCCGAGCAAGAGAGCCCCCACUAAAGCUGAGACAGAAAUUGACAGCCCAACAAACCUGGUGACGGACCGAGUGACAGAGGACACAGCCACCAUCUCCUGGAAUGAGGUGCAGGCUCCCAUAGACAAAUACAUGGUGAGCUACACCUCAGCUGAUGGGGACACCAAAGAGAGAGCCAUGGGGAAAGACCAGAGCACCACCACCCUGACGGGUCUGAAGCCAGGCAUGGAGUACGUGAUCUACAUCUGGGCUGAGAAGGGAGGCCAGCAGAGCAAGAGGGCAAACACUAAAGCUGUGACAGAAAUUGAUAGCCCAACUAACCUGGUGACCAAUCAAGUGACAGAGGACACAGCCACCAUCUCCUGGAACAGGGUCCAGGCUCCCAUAGACAGAUACAUGGUGAGCUACACCUCAGUUGAUGGGGACACCAGAGAGAGAGCCAUGGGGAAAGACCAGAGCACCACCACCCUGAUGGGUCUGAAGCCCGGCAUGGAGUACAUCAUCUACAUCUGGGCUGAGAAGGGAGGCCAGCAGAGCAAAAGGACAAACACUAAGGUUGUGACAGACAUUGACAGCCCAAUUAACCUGGUGACCGACCAAGUGACAGAGGACACAGCCACCAUCUCCUGGAACAGAGUCCAGGCUCCCAUAGACAGAUACAUGGUGAGCUACACCUCAGCUGAUGGGGACACCAGAGAGAUAGCUGUGGGGAAAGACAAGAGCAUCACCACUCUAAUGGAUCUGAAGCCAGGCAUGGAGUACAUCAUCUACAUCUGGGCUGAGAAGGGAGGUCAGCAGAGCAAGAGAGCAAACACGAAAGCUGUGACAGAAAUUGACCCUCCCAAGAACCUCCAUGUAUCAGAUGUGACACAGUCCAGUGGUGUAGUUACCUGGACACCGCCUGCUGCACAGAUCAGUGGCUACACUCUGACCUACCAGGCUCCAGAUGGCACCAGCAAGGAAGUGCAACUGGGUCCUAAUGAGCAAAGGUUCAUACUGGAAGGCCUGGGACAAGGAGUGAGGUACACAGUCUAUGUGGUGGCCUUUAAGGGAGACCGCCAGAGCAGAAAGGCAGCCAACACCUUCUUGACAGUUGCCUUCCUCUACCCAUAUCCUGCUGACUGCAGCCAGACCCAGCAAAAUGGGAAUGCCACCAGUGGCAUGUACACUAUCUACCUGAAUGGUGAUGCUGGCAGGCCCAUGCAGGUGUACUGUGACAUGACCACCGAUGGAGGCGGAUGGAUAGUGUUUCAGAGGCGGAACACAGGGCAGCUGGAUUUCUACAAGCGCUGGAGGAAUUAUGUCGAAGGCUUUGGAGAUCCCCUGGGGGAAUUUUGGCUUGGUCUUGACAAGCUGCACAACCUCACUAGCAGUACUCCCAUCCAAUAUGAGAUCCGAGUGGAUUUGCGAACCUCCAAUGACUCUGCCUAUGCUGUCUAUGACUUCUUCCAGGUGGCUUCAAGCAAGGAUAAGUACAGGCUCUCUGUGGGGAAUUACCAAGGCACUGCCGGGGAUGCGCUGACUUACCACAAUGGCUGGAAAUUUACCACCUGGGACAGGGACAACGAUGUGGCUCUGAGCAACUGUGCGAGGUCGCACCAUGGCGCCUGGUGGUACAAGAACUGCCACUUAGCUAACCUCAAUGGCAAAUAUGGAGAAAACAAGCACAGUGAGGGGGUCAACUGGGAGCCAUGGAAAGGCCAUUUGUUCUCCAUCCCUUACACUGAAAUGAAGAUCCGUCCUCAAUCAUCCAACAAUGAACCAAUCCUGGGGAGGAAAAAAAGGUCUCAGGCAGGGAAGAGGAAGACAACCAGGGCCUAAAAUGGCCUCCAAGCAGGGCCGAGCUUGUCAAUUCCUGACAAUGGAAUUCCAUUGUUUUGUAACAAAGUAUAAGGAUUUGAACAGCUUGUUCCAAUACUUAUGUAACCAAUGCCCAGCCUGCUUCAGCCCCUGCUCAGAGCUCUCUGGGUUCACAACCCAGCCUACUUUAAGCAUUUGGAGACUAUUGACAAAAGUCACCAGUCACAGAGUGGGAGGGGACUGAUGGCAAAUACUAACAUUUACAGCUCUCCUGAUUGGCUGAACUCGACAAGGACCUGACUGGUCCAAUGCACACAGGUGACCUAUUUUCCCUGAUCAUUAUGAACCUUACAAGCAAGGUUUAAACUCAUGCUGCUGCUUCCCACAACCCAAGUUGCUGACCCCCAUAUUUGCAAAUGCCCUUCACUACUAGAUAUUGCUACCAGCUGCUACUACUGUAACUUCUCAGGCCUCAAGGGGGCAUUGUGAAGUUAAAAUGCAUCAUCUUGUCAAGUUAAAAUGCAUCAAGUUAAAAUGCACCCUCAUCUGUGUUGGAAAUAACCCCAUGGGUUGAUAAUUUUAAGAGUCUAGUUUACUUGCUUCUGUUUUUGCUGUGUUUUUCUUCUCCCGGUUGCCAGCUUGGAUGAUGAAAAGAGGCCAUUGCGCUUCACUUUUAUUAAUAAUCAGCCUCUAGUCACUUUCUCUUUCAGAUCCUCAUGUGCUAGCACAAUGCCACAGUCCUUGGGUUGUCUACGCUGUGGGGAAAGAUUUGGUUUUCAAACACUGCUUCUUUUGGAAUUUUAAAAACAACAUGGGAACAUUUCACCUAGUUUUACGUUUUUGUAUAAGCUUUUUUAUAAUAACCUACAUUUCCCAUCUAAAUUAAACCUAACAGUGUCACUUUAAAGCCACUGGUUAUGAGGCCCCUGAGUUCAGGUUUAUUUGUUGCACUCCCCUGAGGACUGGAAUGAGGAAUAUGUACCAAUAGGGGAUUUGUUGUCAGAUGGCAUCAACAUCAGAAUGGCUGAGAGCACCUGAGUUCUCUGAAUAGGAUUCUCUUGGUGACCUCGGACAACUCAUUUAAGCCCUCUGCCUCAGUGUUCUGAUCUGCAAGAUGGGGAGAAUAAUAGUCACCAACCUACUUCAGAGGGGUGUUUUGCGUGUUACUUAGUUAAUGCUGGCAAAGCGUUUUGAAGAUAAUUAAGUACUAAAUAUUAUUUUGAAUACAACAGUUAAUUCUUCACAGGAGAGAAAUCUCUUCACUCAUCCCUCUCUCUCCUUGGUCCAUGCAGUACCUGUCUCCUCUUCCUUCACCUCUUAGUGCUGGAUGCAGAACGUUCUCUACUCUUAAAGGUACAGUCUCACCAGUACAGGCAUUGAGCAUCAUGAAAUGCUUUCUGUUAAACUGCUGGUAAAGUUAAUCAACGCUGGUUUAAACUCUGUUGUCUUGGGUCCUCUAAUUCCAGCUCCAUGUCUCUUUAUGCUAAAAUCCUUCUGUAUAAUUUAAUUGUAACCUUUGGAAAGCUGGUGUCUUCCAACCAAAACAAAUGCCUAGGAAGGAGUACAGUAUAUGCAUGUUCACAAGCUCCUACACAGGCUUCAUAAAGAGGUGGAGGGGCAGAAAAAGGUGGUUGAACUAUCCUAAGCUCUGUCUGCUCACGAUGCCAAAAUAAGAUGCCACUCACAGGUGACUCUGAAAAAUUUUCACAGGAUGAGGCUUGUCUUCACAUACAGCACUAGUGUAGCUGUAUCGCUGUAGCACUUAAGUGAAGACACUCCUGUGCUGACAGGAGGCAUCUCCUGUCGGUGUAGUUAAUCCUCCUUCCCGAGAGGUGGUAGCUGAGUUGAUGGGAGAAACUCUCCUGUUGACAAAACCUCCCGUGUAGACAGCGCUAAGUCAGUUUAACUGUACUGCUCAAGGUUGUGGAUUUUUCACACCCCUGUGCUUCAUAGUUAUACCAAUAUAGGUCUGUAGUGUAGACCUGGCCUGACUGUCCCUCUCUUUCCUUGCAUCCUUUUCAUCAGCGCUGAAAUAAUUACAAUGGUGACAUUUAAAUGGUCACCAUUAGGCCCCAGAAUUAGCACAUUGACAUGAACAAGGGUAGUUCACGCUAUUUUUUGACCUGUUGUUUCCAGCAGAUUAAGAUAGGCAGCACUGCGUGGGUUUACAACCAGUUCACAAGGUGAAGUUUUUCUUCACAGUCUUAAGGGUGCGACAUCAUUUGCUUGUGAAGAAAAGCUCAGAUCCUGGAGCACAUGAUGCAGCCAACAGGGGGAAGAACCAGCUCACCAAGACUGGUGGGAGCCAGUCACAUUCAAUCACUAUCCCAAAGGGUUAAUCAGCUGUGCCAGUUGGAACAUGAGCAUCCUGUGUAUCGGUGUCUCUUUCUAGUUCAUAAUGCUGAAUUGAAAUGGUUCUUACAUAGAAAGAAUGCCUAG